CACAACCUCGGUGUCAUAGUGCGGGAUGUCAGUGAUAGUACGACGGAAAAUCAGUUGUCAGUCAAUUCAGUUCUUAAGACAAUUUUCUGAAAACUGGAAUCAUAAACGAAUUAUAUUGACGGCGCUUGUAACACCAGAUGUUCACGAAAAGGUGUUACUCAGCUCAUCCAGAUACCAAGUCUUGGAUACAAGCUCUGAAGGCCUGGUCGUGUUUGGCUGAGGUCCGCUGCAGCCUCGAUUGAAGCUUCGUCACCAACAGCGAUGUCAGCUCCAUCCAAGACAGUGGUGGUGCUUGCCACAAUAUCAUUGCUUCUUUGUCCUAGAUGGGUUUCUUCGAAGAAAAGUUUGAAUGGAAUGUCAAGACAAGAUAUCCUUGAUAUGUUGCUGAUCAACUCAACCUACAACGCUCGGAUAUCUCCUGAUUAUGAAGAAGAUCAUCCGACAACAGUGGGCGUCCAGGUGUAUGUGCUGAGUAUCGACUCCGUCAAUGAGCAGUCCAUGGAUUAUUCUCUCAACGUAUAUCUGAGGCAAAGAUGGGUGGACCCGAGAUUGCAGUAUAUCAACUUCUCGAAGACGGAUUGGUUAGAGCUGGAUACAAAGAUCAUGCAGAGAGUGUGGGUGCCGGAUACGUUCUUCAGGAACGAGAAGAAAGGAGCCUUCCAUGACGUCACUGUGCCAAACAGGCUGAUGCACCUUUACCGGAAUGGCACGAUCUAUUACAGUAUGAGAUUGUCAAUAACACUGAGCUGUCAUAUGCGACUGGAAAAAUACCCCUUGGAUGUACAGAAGUGUCCUAUCCUCAUCGCCAGCUAUGGCUAUACCAUGGAGAAUAUAGUUUACGACUGGGUUCAGCACAAACCAGUUGACUUCAAUGACAAUCUGGAGUUGCCACAAUACACUCUACAAGAACAUAUCCUGGGAAACUGCACCAAGACGUAUAAAGAAACCGGCAGCUUUUCCUGCGUUCGAGCAGAUUUCAUCCUUCAACGAGACGUCGGCUUUUACAUCAUCCAAGUGUACGUCCCGAGUGUCCUCAUUGUCAUCCUCUCCUGGGUGUCCUUCUGGCUCGAUAUCGAGGCUAUCCCUGCGCGAAUUUCAUUGGGCGUCCUGACUGUGCUCACCAUGACAACGCAGAGUUCCGGUGCACGUGCGUCCUUGCCCCGUGUAUCGUAUGUGAAGGCCAUUGACGUUUGGAUGUCGACUUGCCUCUUCUUUGUGUUCGCUUCCCUAUUAGAAUUCGCCUACAUCAACGUGUUAGCAAGAAGACGAAUACCUUGGAAGUGCUUUGGAUUCUCUACAGCGAAGACAGACGAGAGUAUCGCGUUAAAUGGGACCGGAAUUGAUGCAACGGAGAAGACUGAUGUGACUCGGAUGUACGGCAAGAUGGGAGCGCGGUAUGUGGAUCGGUUGGCACGUUAUGCAUUCCCAGCAGCCUUCAUCCUGUUCAACAUGGGGUACUGGUUAAUCUACAUCUUUGUCGAAAUGUAGACCGGCAUUGCACUGAUGAAGAAAGUCUUGUCGAGAUGCAGGUUAGUUUGUGUGACACGAUUCCAAUGUCAAACAAGAUACGGACUGAAAAAAACACAUUCGGAAGUAUACAUUCACACAUGUAUCUACUGGGUUGAAUGACGUAUCGGUGACGAAGAAAGCAUUUUGGAAUUCUUCACGGAAUGAGGAAUAAGGCAAAAGACCAACACAUUCUAGACAUGAUAUGAUACUUUUGGAAAGUAUAUAUAAUCUUGUAGCCAAUGGUUAUUUCUCUCGCAGAGUAGCACCUGAGAAACACCCGAGAAACACGUAUGCAUGUGUUACAAGACCAAUACAAGUAUUGAUAGAAGAACGGACAGACAUCUUUUGCUCAAGAAGAAUCACAACUUCACUCUUUCUGUGCCGUUGAGGUUGGGUGUGUGUUUGCGCUGACAAUGGCGGUUGUAGAGAUGUAUGCAUAUGGAUGAAAGUAAGGAAGAGGCAGCUGGUGACAGGUUCCAGCAUUGUUGGGAAGAUGGAAACUCAAAAGACAAGCGUACGGCGUGGACAGGUUGGCAUGCAAGAGUGAUCAAAACAUCGAAGACGAUGACUUUGCCAAAAUGGUCUCACAGACACUGGAGCAGGCUACAAAAUGGAGUGCAAUAAUUGUUGGAGUUUCAUUUAAGGUACUAUCCUUUGUGUAUUUCAUUCCGUGUACAUUGUACAUUUUUCGCAGUUUAUACAUCACGGCGUGAAGGUUUGAAAAGGGAAUUGAAAGAUUUAAAAGAAACAAUUAUGAAUGGACAUCAUUAUUUUAAAAAAACUCAAGCUAUCUUUCUAAAAAUGAUUUCACAAAUAAAGUUUAUAAAAUGAACAACGUGUUUACAAACCCUUCAGCUUACUUAUUAAGAUCAGUUAUGAUCAUUUAUAUUACCAACUCGAAAGCUCAAAAGCCAAAAUAAAAAACCGAUUAACAAUUCCGUUUAACGUGGAACAGAAAGCCAAUAACGGUAGCUGCACAAUUCGUUGACACACAUUGUGGCAUGCUUUGUUUGAAAUUUUUAAUGUUAAACCAUUAUGGUAGAUUGUCUCAAUUGUUUAAUCAUAGUUUAGUAUCAUGUACAUAGUUCUCAUAUAUGACACCGUUUUUGGUGGCAGUCUUUAAUUCGAAAUAUUUUAUAUGGUUUUUUAUAUUGUCUGACGGGAUACGAUGGGUUCACAUACAUUGUUUGGUAUACAUGUAUGUGAUAUAUUGUUUAAUUUGUUUGACGGCAUCUUCUUUAUCUUGUAUAGUAUUAGGUAUAGUAAACGAAUGUGUCUUAGAUCAGUCCUUUCCUGAGGAACAUAUGCCAUGAAUAAUAAAAAUAUUGUAUUCGUAUUUGUAUUCAAAAUUUAAAUAAUUUGGUUUAAGAUAAAUAUUACAAUAUGAAUAUAUCUACAAUAUUAUUUAUUCAUAAAUAUUCCGGGCCGUGAACGUGAUAUAAGACAAGAAGACUUUUAGACGUUCAUGAGUGGACAUUGUUCGGGGUAAAGUCGUACACAUAUCAAUCACUGACAUCAGAAAUAAUACGGACGUUCCUACGAGUUCGUAUGUUGAAUAAUUCUAUAUAGUUGAAACAUACCACAAAGUAUUGCUAUGAGUGUCAAUUGACCGUAAUUUUAGAUGAACGGUAACAUGUACAUAAAUGUGUCUUUUCAUAUAAAAUAAACUAUGUGUUAACGUUGUUUUGAAUACAAAGUCAUCGUUUUGCACCAGUAUCACAUUUUGUAUCCCGCUUCUCUGUUCCCCAUGUCCUCAUUGUAUCAUUGAACCAUUGUGAUAUCUGAUAUGCACUGACGUUCUAGAGAGAGUAUAAUUUAUUGCAAAAUUUAUAUUUUUAGAAUGCUUCAAAUACACGUACGUGCGCAUCCAUAAAUUACCCAUACCAUGUUGAUUUGUGUAAUAAAGGUUUUGUUGCUACAAA